GAUGCGCUCAUGGACACCUACCUCGCGCUGCAGGCGUCCACCAUCUUCCAGCACGUCGGCGUCAUGAUCUACUACUACCGCGACUGGCUCGCCGCGCUCCAGCAGUACAGCCCCGACGCCGCCGUCUUCCUCCUUGUGCACAAGAUGGAACUCGCCAGCGGCUCGCGUGCGCAGACCCUCGAGAGGAAGGCACUUGAGCUUCAACAGGCAAGUGGGAGCGUGUCUAUGACCGUGUUCGGGACGAAUUAUACGACGAGAGCCUGUACAAGGCGCGGUCCCGGAUAGUCCAACCUUGAUUCUAAAUGCUGUCGUCCUCUCCAAGCACCUCACCACCCUCGCGCACGCCUGCAGCGCAACCGAAGUGAUCCCCUUUGAGCGUACCACCUUCCUCAUUAUCGCGACCUCCUCUCCUCCUCCCUAAGCGCCGCUCGUAAGCUCCCCCGUGCUCUCCUCCCCAUCCUCCUCGCACGCCACAACGAACGGCCUGCUCACGCCAACCUCGCAGAGCUCACUCCCUGCACGGGAGUCCGAGCUCGAGGCAGACGCGGACGCACACCGGCUUUUGCCGGCGCGCUACGAGCGCACGUCCGAGCUGAUCAAGAUGUUUUCUCAAGCACGCGCGCUCGCACGUGCGCGAGUAGUUCCACCCACUCGAGAUGGAGCUGGACGAGUU